GCCGCUGCUCUCUGUCGGCGCGUUCGGUCCGCCCGCCCAACCAAAGCACACUCGCAGCUCGCUCGCCAACAAUGCAGCGCCAGUGAUGCAUUGUUGGUGCGUCCUGCUGGUGGUGGUGGUGAGCGGAGGCUUCGGCGUGCAGGCCUUCCACGACCCCCAGCAUCAACGACUCAAGAAGAGGCUGCUCGCCGGGCUCGGAUUCCAAACACAGCCCGACGUCGCAAAGAUGAACGUGAGCCGCGAAGAGUACGAACGCAUGUACCGCGUGUAUUUGCAAAGCGUUGAGAAGCAAAGACUGCAAGAAGAGGCCCAUCAGGCCCAGCCUCCCCAAACCUUCCACAGCAUUCAAAACGAGCCCAGCAGUGCUCCGAGUGAGGUGGCGGGGAGCGAGGGUGUGCUGACGAGGGACGUGGACAGUUGGUGGUUGUACUUUCCGGUGCACCGAGAAUUGAGUUGGCACGGCGUGGAGACGGCGGUGGUGCGCUUUGUGGUGCAGCAACACAGACAGCGGGCGCGGCGGCGGAAAACGCUGGUGCUGCGGCUGUUCAGGGUGGUGCCAGGGGGCGACGACCUGCUGCUGGACGAACGGCAGGUCGACCCUCCAGGGGGCAGCCGCUGGCUCGAGCUGGACGCGGCCGCAGCGGUCCACGCCUGGCUCGACCAGCCCCACACCAAUCUAGGACUGAAAAUCCAGUGCAAAGGCUGCAGGCUCAGCGGGGCCAACAUUGAUACUCAGGAGAGACCAGCAAACAGCUCUGACGGCGCUGUUCUGAACGUCCUUGCCUCAAAAUUCGCCUCUUCACACUCAAGACAGCGAAGGGCGGUGUGGAACCCAAAAAAAAUCAGAGGGACGCCGUGCAAAGGAAAUAAAAAUCAAUGCUGCAGGCACAGCAUGGAGGUGGUGUUCAAAGACUUUGCAGACUUCAACUAUGUGAUCCAGCCGGCCAAGUUCGACGCGGGCGUAUGUCGGGGCCGGUGCUCGCACAAGCAGCACACGUCGUACCACGCGUACUUCCAAAGUCUGAUUUGGCGGCAGGACCGGUCGAGGGCGCCGCGUCUCUGCUGCGCGCCCCACAAGCUGCGCAGUCUGGAGAUGCUGGUGCUGGACCCCGACGACCACUCCAAGCUCAAGAUGGUCAACUACAAGGACAUGGAGGUCGUCAACUGCGGCUGCAGCUGAACAAUCUGCAAGCAAAAAGACUGAGACUUUUAAAAAAGCGAGAACACUCGAGAGUGCAAAAACCAAAAAUUUAGAAUUACGCGACGGAAAUCAAUCUCUAUUUCUCAUGUGCUGUGUGCGUCGUUGAUAAGUAGUGAGCUGUCGACCGAGGAAAUCUCUCACACUCUCUAAUAAGGUGUAAAAAAAACUAUAAUUAUACACGUUUGUAAAUAUAAAAGUGAUACAUUGGAAACGAAUUUCUGGCUGCACUCCCUCAUAUCAAUGUGUAUUUCUACCUCCGAGCACUCUGCAAAAACUUUUAAGAAAUAAUUUAGUCAGAAAAUUGCACGCUGAAGAUGUUUUUAAGGUAAUUGUGUCCAAAGCUUAAAAAUGAAUGAAAAUUCAAACUACGUAAAAUCCUUUCUGAUUUAAUUUAAUUUUCAUUUUUUUUUUGCAUUCAAAGUUUUGGGCAAAACCACCUUAAGCUCUGCGAUUAGGUUUUUGAUGGUCUUGAUUGUUUAUAUCGUAACAACUCUCACUAAAUGUACUGGAAACACCACAUUAUACAUUAGCAGCAUUUUUCAUGGCAAAAUCAUGCUUAGAUCUUCAAAAGCAAUACAAUUUACAUACAAACACAAAACUUUUGAUUUUACUGCAUUUCUUACUGUUAUUUAACUGCUGUGUGAAGAGAGAAGGUGGAAUUGCGUUUUGUGUCCUCUUAAUUGAUAUUAUCUAUAUUCAUAUAUUUAUUUAUUGUAUAAAAUUUAAAAAAAAAAUGCAAGCUGGGUGUGUAUUGUGUUCGUCUUAAUUAAGUUGUUGACUCAGGAAAAUGCAAAUUUGUUUAUUUAUAAAGAGAGAGAGACGAAUAAAUUACAUUUUUAAGU